CACCUAUUACAAAAUAUUAUUAUUCUAAAUUCUUAUUCUUCUUUUUGGCUACUUGUUCCUUUACCAUGGAAGAAGAAGAAAUCCGAAGCAUCAAUCAUGGUGUGUUUGGCACGGUGGAUGAUUAUGCGUAUGCUGAAGAAUCAUGUGUCAAUGAGGGAGAGUUUAAUGUUUCAGGCUAUGCCUCUUCCAGGGCCUACUUGGUCUACAACUCCACCUUCUUUGUUGGCUGAGCCACCACCACCCCCACCCUCAUCAACCACCAUUGAAGAGUGUUGUUGGCUAGGGUUUCUAGAAGGGUUAGAAGAUAAUGGCAAAAUGGUAAUUAGUGAUGGUAAUUUGGACUUGGACCACCAUUUAGGACUUGAACAUGGUGUGGUUGAUAAUAAUAAUAAUAAUAAUAAUAAUAAUAAUAAUAAUAAUAAUAAGGCUUCUAGGAAUGAAUUGUCAUCACCUUUUGUGGAUGAUGAAUUGGAACUUAGUUAUUGCCCAGAUGAUUGGUUGGUGAUUCCAUCAAUGGAGAAUAAUUAAUGAUUUGAAAGAUAUGAUUAUGUCUUAGGAUAUUUCUUUUUUCAUGAUAGAAAUGUCUUAAGUUCGAAUAUAAUGACUAAUCUCUUAUUUAUUUGUAGUCAUAUCAAUAGGUAUUAAU